AUGCAUGAAAGACGUGUAAAAAAAAUCAAAGGUGGUCACUAUGUUGCCACACAUGGUCGGUCAACGCCCGAUCCACCUUAUGUUCACUCGAAUCGCGGCUAUUCAACCGAUGGCGAAGAAUCACAUCGUGCUCCAUCGGAACGUACCAUGUCCGAAUAUACAAUAGCACAUGAACGUACCUCACCACAGGGUCAUUAUCAUUCGUCGCGUAAAACCCGCAUUAAUAAUGGCCACUCGAAUGGUCACUACUCAACAUCGGUGGUCGAUAGUGGUGGUCCACGCUCACUGAGUGGUCCACCACCAACACGACUGCCACCAAGAGCACCAUCUGCCUUAAGCUAUGAUCACAAUGGUGGCGAUACGGGUAGUGAUAUUUAUGUGACCAGUGCUGCCUAUAAGGCACCAUCGGAAAUAAGCCGCUACAGCCAUCGACCACCGUCGAGAGCACCGCGUAGUGUUUACUCUGUUGCCAGUACUGCCAAAACGGGUCGUAGUGCUCGUAGCACUACAAAACGUGGAGCCAAAAUCGAAACAAUGUCAGCACCCAAUCCAUUUUGUCCAAAUGUCAAGGGUGUCUGCUGUCUAAUGUUGCUGCUGAAUUUGGGUCUUAUCUUGGUGACGUUGGGCUUUGUCAUUGUGGUGCAAUUCUAUGAACCGCUUUAUGUCUGGAUCCUUGGUAUAAUUUUCCUAAUUUUCGGUUUCUUAACGCUUAUCGGUUGUAUGGUCUAUUGUGUGUAUGUGUGUCGAGAUGCCAAAACACCAUCACAGGUACGCAACGAAGAUCUCUAUUGGACCCGACACUGGCAAAAGAAUAUCGGUUAUACACCACAAGAAAUCAAUUAUAAGGCGGAUAAAUAUGAUGCCUACUCGGAUCGUUAUUCGGUUGGUAAAAUGAGUGGCAAAUAUUCCGAUAGAGAAAGUAAUCGUUAUUAGUAGUAAACACG